CCGCCCAGGCGCCUAGGGACUUCGGACCCGAACCCUCUGUGCCUAGUAGGACAAGGACUCCAAGGAGGUAGGCAGGGCGCCUUCUCCCUCGUCGCCGACGAUGCCUCCGCCGGCGCGCGCCUCCGCGCUCCACUCCCUGCUACGCAGAACAAGAUGCUUCGCGGCGGCGAACCGCACAGCGCUCGCGAGGACCUUCUCCGGCCAUCCGGCGGGCGCGACCGAGACGCAGGUUCGCGAAGAAAAGUCUGGUGGCGUGAAAGCCAGAGAUGAUGAGCUCGACGUUGCAAUUGUUGGUGGAGGCAUGGUGGGCUUGGCUGUUGCUUGUGCACUGUCCAAUAUGCCAUUGACCAAACAUCUGCGAGUUGCUGUCAUCGAUAGCAAUCCUGCACUCAAGUCAAGAAAUUAUCUAAAGAAAGAUGGUAUACCUGACUCAAGGGUCAGUACUGUUACUCCUGCAACCAUUUCCUUCUUCAGAGAUAUUGGUGCAUGGGAGCAUAUUCUACAGCAAAGGCAUGAUUUCUUUGAUAAAAUGCAGGUAUGGGAUUACACUGGACUAGGAUACACAAGAUACAAUGCAAGAGAUGUGGGCAAACAAUAUCUCGGAUGUGUGGUGGAGAACAAAGUGCUUUGCAACUCACUUUUGUUACGUUUACAGGAGCAAAAGGAAGAUAUUGAAAAUAUGAUCUACCCUGCUCGACUGGUGUCUCUUGCUUUCCCAUCAAAGAAUAGACAAGUAAGAGUAGCAGGACUGAAGCCACCAUCAACAGAGGCAGUUUCCAUUGGUCAUACUUCUGGGGAAUUACAUCGUAGUAGUUUGGUUAAACUUGACCUCAGUGAUGGACAGACUUUAUAUUCAAAGUUGGUGGUAGGAGCUGAUGGUUCCAAGUCCAAUGUAAGGCAGAUUGCAGGCAUAAAAACAAGUGGUUGGAGUUAUCCUCAGAGUGCGAUUAUAUGUACAGUGGAGCAUAUUGCAGCGAAUGACUGUGCUUGGCAGAGGUUUCUCCCUUCUGGUCCAAUUGCCCUACUCCCAGUAGGUGACAACUUCAGCAAUAUAGUAUGGACAAUGAGCCCAGAGGAGGCAUCACGCCAUAAGUCUAUGAGCCCUGAAGAUUUUGUGAAGUCAGUGAACCAUGCAUUGGAUUUUGGUUAUGGUCCGCAUCCCAACUCCAGUAGUCUUGACUAUUACAUGGAAAAGCUAUUUUCUGGCAUUGGAGAUACUGCAGCAUCUACCAAAGAAAGCUUUCAAGUACCACCUAAAGCAAUUGGGUUGAUCUCUGAGAGAAUGGCUUUUCCACUUUCACUGAUGCACUCCCAUGAUUAUGUUUCAAAAGGGCUAGCACUAGUUGGUGAUGCUGCUCAUACAGUCCACCCCCUAGCUGGCCAAGGUGUCAAUUUGGGUUUUGGAGAUGCAGCUGCCUUAGCAAAAGUUAUUUCUGAAGGAGUUUCUGUGGGUGCUGAUAUUGGGGAUCUAUCUUUGCUAAACCGGUACGAGAAUGACCGGAAGGCUGCCAAUGUUGCGAUGGCAGCAGUUCUAGAUGGCUUCCAGAAGAUGUACUCUGUUGAUUUUGGGCCUCUCAACAUCCUUAGAGCCGCUGCAUUCCAUAGUGCCCAGUACAUAUCGCCACUUAAGAAGAACAUAAUCUCUUAUGCAAUGGGUGACAAGAAAUCACCUCUGUUUUCAUAAACAGCAGGCCUUCCUGGCUGUUGGCUGUUACUGUAGUGCUGUGCUGAUAUCUGUAGUUCUAAACUCGUGUGCUUCUGUAGUUUGGCUAGCAUCAAGUAUUCUAAGCUAGUGAUGUUUUCGCCGAGAAACGUCGUGGAGUGGAUAUGAUGUAACAAGAAAGUAAUACUACUACAUUACUACCGAAUAAAAUUAGAUUCCCUGGUGUUUGUGGGAAUGUUGAUUGGAUUUAUUUUCA